GUCCUUUUGUAGCGUGUGGAUGCUAACCAUUGUUUACAUUAGAAAAAAAUGGCGGAGGAAGUGUAUCGUGUUGUAUUUAAAAGCCGUCCAGGAAAAACUAAUCCUCCUUCUGUAGAAAACUUUGCCUAUGAGAAAGCAGAACCCAUAACAUGCAAAGAUGGUGAAAUCAUAGCUAAAACCUUGUAUCUAUCGGUCGAUCCUUACAUGCGAAGUCGUAUGAACGAUGAAGAUCCGAAUGCCAAAUCGUACAUUACAAAGUGGGACUUAGGUAAAGCACCCACUGGCGGAGGAGUAGGAGUAGUAGUGGAGAGUAAAAACGAGAAAUAUAAAAAAGGGGAUAUGGUAAAGUCUUUCAAGUGGCCAUGGCAGAACUAUGCAUUGUUGAACGCCGAAGAUGAACAGCUGCAAAAGGUUGAACACCAACUUAUCAAAGAGAAACCCUCACUUGCUCUAGGACUGUGUGGAUUGACUGGACUAACUUCUCUUGUUGGGAUACAAGUUAAAGGCCACCUAGUGGCAGGUAGUAAUCAGACUGUUAUUGUGAGUGGUGCUGCAGGYGCUUGUGGAGUUGCAGCAGGACAGAUUGCAAAGCUCUUAGGAAGUGGAAAAGUUGUUGGCAUUUGUGGGACUGACGAAAAGUGUGCAUACAUCAAAGAAUUAGGGUUUGAUGAAGCAAUCAACUACAAGACAACCAAAGACAUGAGUACUGCUCUUAAAACUUGCUGUCCACAAGGUGUUGAUAUGUACUUUGACAAUGUGGGUGGUAUCAUCAGUGAAGAGGUCAUUCGUCUCAUGAACAAGGAUAGUCAUAUCGUACUGUGUGGCCAGAUAUCACAGUACAACAAAGAUCUUCCAUAUCCCCCACCCCUGUCCCCAGAAGUCCAAGAAAUUGCAACCAAACAAAAUGUCACACGCRAAAGAUUUCUCAUACUGAAUUAUCCUGAACAAAUUCCUGGUGCAUUGAAACAGUUGGUGACCUGGGUGCAAGAGGGGAAACUUAAGAGUCGAGAAACAGUUGAAGUUGGUCUGGAAAACACUGCGAAGGCUUUUGUUUCAAUGAUGAUUGGAGGCAACAUAGGAAAACAGGUUGUAAAAGUUGCAGAAGCUUGAAGCAUUUGUUGUCAAUAAAAGCAUUAAACGCAUGAUUUUUUUAUUAUAACGACGAAGAAAUCCGAUCGAAAAGCUAAGCUUUUCUCAUGAAAUUUUUAAUCAAUAUAGAAACAUGAGAUACGAUUAUUCACGUGAGAAAAUUAUUUAGAUUAGAAAAUCAAGUAAACUUCACCCAUUGUAUAAUUCGUUGAACGAAAAUAAAGCCAGAGAAAAAUGGCCUA